GAUAAGGAGUGGGCGGUCUACGUUGAGGAGAUCGUGGAGGGCAAGCUCGAGCUGGUUGCCAAGGGCCCGGCGUGCAAGGAGUGCCAGAAGCUCCACGCCGCGUUCCCGUUGCAGGGCGCGACGUUCCACAAUUUCGUGCAGAUGUACAAGGAGUCGGCGCUGCUGAAGAAGCGCGUCGAGAAGGCCAGAGGCGUGCUCCAGAAGGGUGAGGAUCUGGAGGUGGCGAUCCCAGGGGCCGUCAACUCCUCCACCACUUCUGGGCAGACUAUGGAGGCGGUGUUCUUGGUGUUCAGCACAACGGAGUUUCUGCAGCACUUCCAGGUGGAGGCUGCCGACGUCGGCCUCAAGGCCGUCCCGGUCGUGAAUGAGGAGAACGAGCAGGAAGAUGUGAUCUUGCUCAGGGACGACUCGGCGCCUCGCCGGCUACGCGUGUUCACCGCAACUUGCACCAAACACGAGCAGGACAUGCUCGGCCAGGUUAUUCGCAAGGACCAGGACAAGGACGUUCACAAAUGGUUGCUCGCUCUUGACACUGGUGGGCGAGACAGGUGCCUUCGCCCCGAGGGGCGCAUGCAGGUCAAGACGAUGAGCUUCGUGGACCGCGAGUGCAAGGCUGUAGUGGCCAAGCGGACAGCUGACGGCGUCAUCGACAGCGUGCGGGAGCACAAGGGCAUUGGCAAGGCUGCCGACGGCGAGGAAGAGGCCGGCGG